AUGAUUGCAAUAUUAACAAAUGAUAUUAAAAUUUUGUUAGUAAGAAAUGAAUUUAACGAAACAAAAUUGAAAGUAUAAAAAAUUCAGUAUAUUUUAGAAUGUAUAUUGAAAAGUAUAGAUAUGUCUAAACAUUUAAAAGUGAAUUAAUUUAGGAAACCUAAAUUAUUCAUAAUUUCAGAAAAUGAAGCCAUAAGUUUUGAUGUAUUGUUGGUCAAAUUACACUUUACCUGAAAGUAGAAAACAUUAAAUAGAGGAAAAAGCAUCAAUGACAUUUAUGAUGAUGAAAUUUCAAAUAGGGUUUUGGUUUUUGCUGGUAGAUACGGAAUAAUUGUUUAUAAUUAUGUAAAUGAAGAAUUAAAGAAAAUAUAUAUAAUUAAUCUUGAUUAUAAUGUAAUAAAAGUGCAACUCUUGAACAUUAUCUAUUUAUAUUGGAUGAUAAAAGAGGAAUUAAUUUUUAUCUUUGAAAGACGGCAAUUAUAUUAUUAAUCAUACUAAAUUAUAGUUUUUAUUCAAAUCGAAAAAUCAAAUUUCUUUUGUUUAUAAAAAUAAUUCAUUUUAAGUUAUUAAAUAGGCAAAUAAAUAAAUUAGAUUUGGAAUUGA